AUAAUCUUGCAUCAAUUGCUAAAUUUCUAUAUACCUUGUGAAUUUCGCUUACAGGAGUCAUAAAAGUUUCAGGUUAGACAAGGGUCAGUAAAUUCAGAUGUAGUUUGACUGAAGCACAUUAUUUCAUAUCUCGAUUUAAUAAUGAAAUACGAACCCUCUGCGUUGGCACAUGGGUUCACUCCUAAAUCAAGGCUCAUAGAAAGAAUAAUAUCGUUGUCUUACAUGUGAAAGCGGAUACACAAAAACCAAAAAGAUGCAUUGCAUAAGCAUUGUGAUACAGGUCUUAGGAAUGUUGUAUUCAUCUUUAAGCCAAGAAGAUGGUUCAUUACCGGCCGCUCGAUCCCGGGAAAGCGUCUCACGGGCCAGCGUAUGUUCGACGCUACAGUACCGGUCUCUGUCUACGUCAUUACAAAACGAACAUCAGUGUAACCUGUUAGAAAGGUUAAAUCAAGACUUUGAGACCGCUAAAGCUAACCAAGAGAAUGUUUUCAGUGACGUCAUUAUGAAACUGGAAACCUUGAAUAGCAAACUUGAUCAGCAACUUAGGAGACAAAGUGAAUCGAUAGAAGUUGAGAAGUACAAGAAAAUGGCACCCAGUUUUCCAAAUAUACCUUUAGUCCGAGAUUGCAACGAAUUGAAAAUCAAUGGAUUCCACAAGUCUGGAGUAUACCCAAUACGUUUCUCCAAUGGCAAGAUAAUGAAUGUCUGGUGUGACAUGGACACAGAAAGAGGGGGCUGGACUGUGAUCCAAAGGAGACAGGAUGGAAGUGUGAAUUUCACCCAAAACUGGAAUGGAUAUGCAUUCGGAUUCGGUAACCCGAAUUCUGAAUAUUGGCUGGGAAACGAAUAUUUACACGUGAUGACGAGGGCUAACAACUACACCCUGAGGAUUGACCUAUGGGACUGGGAAGGAGAUGAAGCGUAUGCCAUAUACGGACAUUUCGCCGUCUCUAACGAAGCAGACGGAUACAGACUGAUUAUUUCCAAUUACUCUGGAACAGCAGGUGAUUCCUUCUUAAGUUAUCACCAAAACAUGAGGUUUAGUACGUACGAUAAAGACUAUGAUUUGUGGUUUUCGUCCUGCGCGAGAAAGGACCAGUCUGGCUGGUGGUACCGAGACUGCGGUUACUGUACCCUAAACGGAUUGUACGUGGAGGGUGGAACUAUUCCCAUUUCUGCCGAUGGACUGAUCAAAGGAAUUAUUUGGUUCCACUGGAAAAGGAGAUAUAGUUAUUCAUUGAAGAAGGUAGAAAUGAAAAUAAAACCAUCGCUGGCGAUUAAAGUGGAGCUAGAGGAACUUGCGGCACUGGAAGCAGUUCCACCUAGUUCGACCACAAAUGCACCCACUACAACACGAUAACUGAAAACAGUGCACCCACUACUACACGAUAACUGAAAACAGUGCACCCACUACUACACGAUAACUGAAAACAAUGCCACUGAUUUGGACCUUUUUCUGUUAAAAUGUUAUACAGAAGGACGUUCCCCUUUCAAUUCAAAUAUACACUGUAUUUUCCGGAAUUUUAUAGUCCCCUUUGAACAGUGAUGCAGGUACCGCAACAGCUAUUAGUGUGGCUGUUUGUCUACUGUUUUAACGUUACAUACCUUGACGUUCAGCGUCCCUCGAAAGACUGUGGUAAAACCUUUCCCUCUCAGACAUUCGUGACAAGGCUCACUUAAAUGAAUCCUCCCUGACUGAACAAAACAAAUUGAAUGUAGACGUGGUAUUGAUACGACACUUAUAAAUGUAAAUUUGAUUUCUCUGAGGAUGUCUAGAACCUCACCUCGCUAUAGGAUUGCAUUCGUGAUGCGGUGUUCACAGUGUCGCCAAACAAACAGUACUGAGGCAUCCUCUUCCCCACUAUUCCUCCCACAACGCUCCCUGAGUGCAUACCUAACACAAAUUUCAUAUCCUGAUAUUUAUAUCCACCAACGUAAAUCUAAUCUGUUUCAGUGCAUCUUAUUUCUUGAUAAAAGCACUGACCUUUGAACUUGAAAACCUAGAUAUUACAAAGUACAAAUGUAUAUAUAAAGAACAAAUGUCUAGGCUGUUUUUAUAAUGUUUUAUUUAUAAACAACGGUCUUCUGAAGUGAUUUCUGCAUAAUCAACUUUAAUUCACUAAUGUUUGCAUUGUUUACUGUAUAUCCUCAGCGGAUUAUUUAUUUACCAUAAUUUAAUCAUUUUAAAGUUCAAGCAAGUUGAUCUGAUGGUAGAUACAUAACGUAAUGAAGUUUUACUCGUAUGUGACGUCAUAAAGUGUUCCCCGUAUAUGACAUCACAACGUAUAAACUUCAGUUUCUCUAUAUUUCAAAAUGUGAAAAAAAUAAUGGUUAGUUUAAGCAUUCAAAUUAGAGAGGGAGAAAUGGUGUGUUUGAAAAAAUAAAAGCUGCACAUUGUUCUUGAAUCCGAUGAACUUAAUCUGAUGCUACAUAAUGUGAGCGUCUUUGUUGGAGGAUCCUUCCAUCUUGCAAUAUGGUUGUUUCAACUAUAUUUACAACAGUAUUUUAAUCAUGUGGCUACUGCAAUACUAUAGUCAGGUACCUACCCGCCCUGAGCUGGAGAUUCUCUCCGGACACCGGGUCAAUAAGACUGGCCGCUUUCUCCACUAGCUCUAUUGCCAGUCCCGCCACAUUGACCGCGUGGUUCUCGUUCCGGUCUGGGACACCUCCCGCCACCAUGUACACGGCGUCUCCUAAUGUCUCCACCUACAAUAGAACAGGAUUUGAUUUGAACAUAUUAUAUUGUAUAAAUAUACAAAGGGAUUGUUUACAAGUUCUAGCAACUUAGAAAACCUCUCCCGUAUACAAAAUAUAUCAUGUUAUACAUAUACAAAUAAAGAUUGUCGUACCACAGAAAAUAGAUUAAUCGCUAUAAUAUACAAUUAUUGUAAUAUACGAUAUUUGUAAUGUUUCCAUCUAUUAUAAACAACACAGUUAAGUUAUUCCUGUUGCUAAAAUGCCGAUCUAUGAGUAUCGUGGCAUGUUUCGAGUAAAUCAUGUUUUGGGGAAUAAGUUGAAAUAUUUGUAAUUAAGUAUUGCAAUGUCUUUUGUUAUAACCCGACAUUUGUAAUAAAUGCUCUAUUCAACACA